UGCUUUAACUCUCCCUGUCAGUGGCUCCAGCAGCCGAGGUGAGCUCCGGGUCCACUUUGAAGACUUUGUGUGAGAGCUGCAGAGGUGGAGGAAACCGAGCAGAGCGUGAAAGUACCAAAAGAAACAAACCACAGGUGUGUCGGAUGACAGAGCAGUAGGAACCGAUUUGGCCCCUUUGGAGCAGCUCGGAUAAUAAAUUUUUGUGAUGGAGUGGCGUGAGCAGUCUGCUGUCAGCUGCGACGAAGCCUACGUCGAGGCACAGAGAUGGAUUGAGGCAGUAACCAAGAAAAAAUUUGGGAGCGACGACUUCCGAUCAGCGCUGGAGAAUGGCGUUCUGCUGUGUGAUCUGAUCAACAAGAUCAAGCCUGGUAUCAUCAAGAGGGUUAACAGGCUGCCCACACCUAUUGCUGGACUGGACAACCUCAACGUCUUCCUCAAGGCCUGCGGGAGGCUCGGACUAAAGGAAGCACAGCUGUUUCACCCGGGAGAUCUCCAGGACUUAUCCACAAGAGUAACAGUCAAGCAUCAAGAGACCAACAGGAGGCUGAAAAAUGUAUUGAUCACCAUUUACUGGCUGGGUAGAAGAGCUCAGUGUGAUCGUUUCUAUGAUGGACCCUACCUGAAUUUCAAGGCAUUUGAGGGAUUAUUGGGCACAGCACUAUACAAGGCUCUGCAGGAUUCGUCCAGUCAGAAAGGCAGCAACGUCAGAGACAGCGGUUUUGGAGAUAGCUGGUACUCGGAACGAGAGGAGCUCUUUCAACUGAGAGGAGGAGGAGGCGGAGGAGGAGGCGGACACCGGAGAGACGACUCCCUGGACAGCUUGGACUCUUUGGGCUCCCGACCCCAGAGCAUCUCAUCUGACACCACUCUUAAAGGCAGCAGCGAGGGUUGUUGCAGUGACACUGAGGCAGACUCUGUCUACAGGAUGGCUGACAACAAGGACGGUAUCAGUUACCGCCGGUCAGUAACCAUCACACCCAAGGCCACUGCCCAGUUUAACCAGUUCCUGCCCACUAAAGACAAACCCUCAGGCUACGUGCCGGCUCCACUGAGGAAGAAACGGGCCGAACGCAAUGAGGACAGCAGGCGCAGCUGGGCCAACCCCACAUAUGCAGAGGAGGAAGGCACACUCACCAGACAGCACCAAACGCAAGAGAGUAUCGACGGGAGUAAAUCAGCAGGCAAUAUCCAGGUCGACCCUGCCAUCAUCCGGCAGGUUCGCUACGAAGAGCUGCAGAAGUAUCGUGAGCAGAUAAAGGACAGUGAGGAUAAGUGGCAGGAUGACCUGAGCAAAUGGAAGAACCGGCGCAGGAGUGUCAACUCUGAUAUAGUGAAGAAGAAAGAGGAGAGGGAGAUGAUAGAGCAGAUUACGUACAGCAGCAGUAGCAGAAAGUCCAAGACCUUCAAGGAGAUGCAAGAGGAGAGAGAAGGUAAGAGGAACAGCAUUGGCAGCCGUAUUGGAUCUUUAUCCUACCUGGACGACGAAGACGUAUUUGAGAAACCCGUCAUUUCCCCACGUACACGAACCCUUCCUGCCAGGAGCUACACUAUUGACACUCCUUACUAUUCCCCUGAACCCUCUGAGCCUUCUCUGAAAGAGGUCGAACCCCCCGCUGCCUCCCCAGCGACUGGCAGAGCUGCCUCCCCAGUGACUGGCUGGGCUGCUUCUCCAGUGACUCGCAGUGCCACUUCUCCAGUGACUCGCAGGGCCGCUUCUCCAGUGACUCACAGGGCCGCCUCCCCACCCACCUCACGGGAAGUUGACGUCGUGGACAGCCCUGCAGGCAGCAACGCCACGACCACCAUCACCUCCACCAGCCGCAGCUUUUUCCGCAGCUCCCAGCCUCCAGCAGCCGCACCUUUACAGACGCGUCCAGUCUCAGAACACACCAGCACAGUCAAGACAGAGGAGACAACGACCACAGUCUCCUCUUUUACCUCCCUACCAAAGGUGCCCGAGCCAAGGCGCCCAUUGUCGUUCACACAGACUGAGGUGGGGGCCCCCUCCUCUGGUUCUCUGUACAAACAACAACCACAGCCCAGCUCAAUGGAACCCAAGCCUCCCGGGGUGUCUCGGGUUUCCGCCUCCCUCCCCAGGAGCUACCAGAGAUCGGAUAGCGCACGUCUAACCUCAGUUGUCACGCCAAGGCCCUUCGGGACCCAGUCGUCCCGCCUCACCUCACUUCCCCGAGCCUUUGCAAUGGACGACUCUCAGAAGCGUGUCAAUGGUAACACUGAAAUUUCCAAGAAGUCGUCGGUGCCGAGCCGCUAUCACCAGUUCAUGACCUCUGAGGAUGAGGCUGAAGCUGAGGCCCAGUCCAGCUCGGCCCACAGCAGUGAAGACGAGGAGGAGGAGAAAGAAGACAAGACCACGGUGAAGAGCAUCACCUCUUCUCAGAGUGUCUCACCUGUCCCUCCUCAGGUUAAGGGUGAAGUCUCAGUCACUCCUGCUCCAGCCAAAGACACCAGCCAGGAGAACUACUGUGAUAGGCGGAUCAGCCUGAACCAGAAACCCAACAGCAGCAGAGACUUUGGCUUCCAGGCAGCCUGGGACUCGACAGGAGCUCGCGUCACGUCCAUCCAGCCAGGCAGCCCGGCAGAGAUGUGCCAGCUUCAGACCGGAGACGAGGUGCUGACGGUGAACGGGCACCAGGUGGCAGAAAUGAGCUACACAGACUGGAAGUCCCGCAUGGAGGAGGCUCUGCAAGAGGGCAGUCUGGUCAUGGAUAUACGCCAUCAUGGCAAGAACAACUGGGACAGAGAUCAACCUUCCCUGCCAUUUAAAAGCCAUAAGACCAUCAAUCUGACCAGUACGGAUCAUCCGAUACUUCUAGGUUCCCCCGACACAAACAUUGUCAGCUCCAGCCUGGAUUUCACCUCACGCGCCUCCAUGGAAAAGCUGCCGUCCAAAGAGGCCCCUGCCCAUCCAGUCGUCGAUUUGGCUUCAAACGGAGUUAAUGGAGGUUUCCGUGAGCAGUCAGUGACCAUGAGGAGCAAAGAGUCAGAACCCAUAUCUUUGAAAAACUUAAAACGGAGGUCAGAGUUUUUUGAACAAGGAGGAUCAGAGUCUGCGGUGCCAGAUAUUCCUGUUCCUUCAAUCGCUCCAACUUCCAGCCGCUGGUCCUGGGACCCAGAAGAGGAGCGCAGAAGACAGGAGAAAUGGCAGAAGGAGCAGGAGCGCCUCCUGCAGGAGAAAUAUAAGCGUGACCAGGAGAAGUUGCAGGAAGAAUGGCUGAAAGCUCAGCAGGAGGUUGCUGAGAGCGAGAACCAACAGCAGCCUGAGAGCCUGGAGGUGAACAGCCACAGCAUCAGCCCACACUCUCCCCUCUCUCCUGUCAGCCAGCCCACCUCUGCUCUGUGGGAAGAGGAAGACAGAAAGAGGAAGGAGGAGCAGGAGCGCCUGAGGCAGGCGGAGGAGCGGGAGCGCCAAAGGCAGGCGGAGGAGAGGAGGAAGAGGGAAGAGGAGGAGCGGGAGCUCCAGCGUCUGCAGGAGGAGAGGAAGAGGAGAGAAAGGGAGGAGGAGGAGGAGAGGAAAAGGAGGGAGGAGGAAGAGCUGAGAUGGCAGAGGAGGAGAGAGGAGGAGAGGGAGGAGGAGAGGAGGCGGCAGGAAGCGGCAGAGCAGCAGCGCAGAGAGCGGGAGAGAGCCUUCGAGCAGCAGCAGCAGUGGGCUGCUGGCUCCCACGGCUUUGCCAAUGUCCAGCCGUCUCUGUCCUAUGCAGACAGGAUGAAAUCUAAAUCAUCUCCCCAGCUUGAUGAAGAGGACAAACCUCAGAGAAAAGGUGCAUACAUGCAGCUGGGGGGCAUGGCUCACUAUCUGCUGGAAGAGCAGGUGAGGAGUGCGAGUGACAAACAGGCCCAGAGUGAGAGGGCUGCGUCAGAGCUGGAGAUGGAGAGGAGAUAUAUCCUCAAUGCCAUGAGAUACAGAGAGCCAGAGAGAGUGGCGGGCAGCGGAGUGGCUGAGAGGAAGGGUCAGCAGUCCAUGUCGCAGGCAGAGCUGGAGCGGCAGCAGAUCCUGAACGAGAUGAAGAAGAAGACGCCGCUGCUGACAGACAGGAGCUGGAUCCGCCAGCGCUCCUCCCCUGCCGUCAAGGAGCCUGAGGACGUGCCACCCAUGCGCAGAGGCGAGUCUCUCGACAACUUGGACUCCUACAACUCCUGGCGCUCAUCUUGGACACCUAGAAGCAACUCUCACAUCCAAAACUACACUCGGCCUCACUCUGCCCUCUCUGGCAGCACUUCCUUUUACAGUGGCGGGCUGGGAGCCCAGCAGUCCGGCUCCUCCACUCUGCCUUCCUCCUACUCCAUGGGCUCCCUCCGAGGCGGGGCAGGAACCCCCUCGUCCCCUUGGUCCCGGCAGUCGCCCUCCCCCUCACCCUCCUCCCCGUCACCCACCACCUCUCCAGAGCCCACGUCCGAGGCAGGCGCCCCUCGGAGCAGGUCAGUGAGUGGCAAGAAAAUCUGUACGUUCUGUGACACCCCGCUGGGAAAGGGAGCGGCCAUGAUCAUCGAGUCCCUCGGGCUCUGUUAUCAUUUGGGCUGUUUUAAGUGUAUCGACUGCAAAUCCGACCUGGGAGGAUCGGAAGCCGGGGCUGAAGUCAGAAUACGAAACAAACAGCUCUACUGUAACUCCUGCUACAUGCGAUUUAAAGCUGGCCAGCCAACCUCUAUGUGACGUGACUGUGCUCCAGCAGAUUGAUGAAGAGACUACUUGUGAUAAUAACCCAUGAACAUUACCGUGAACAUUGAAGCCAUUGCAAAUAGCCGGGACACUUGGUUUGGACAUAUUUCCGUUUAUAACACUAAAGAAAAAAUCUUGGUUGCCUCACUGAUGAGAGUUAUAUUCAUGUUUGUUUUCCAGUGUGUGAUUGAGAGGGUAAGCUUGCAAAGAAGUUAUCUACUUUAAUGUGUUUAUAUCAUCUUAAGUAUUACAGUUGUACAAAGCGUAAGGGUUCUGCAUGCACCAGUUUUUAAAUGUUUUAGCCACGCAGUUAGUAAAACGUUAAAUUGUCUAUAAGAUUACUGAGGCUUUGUUGUGUUGAGGUUUGAAUGACCGUCACUGAGACAGAUUUUUGGAGAUCUUUUAGAGAGUUUUCAAGGAAUCCUGCAGGAUCAUCUCCUCUUGCUCACGCUUGUUUUCCCGCUGAGUCUUGUGGUAUUAACUUUGUCAACCGUCUUAUGAUGUCUAUGUGCCUUUUUCAUUUGUAACAGGGAGAAGUCUUGUUAGAAUUAUCUCAAAAUAUAUUUAAAAACCGUCUACGUGGAUAGCACUUGCCUGGAGUUUUCAUUGAUAGAUGGAUUGUACACAUAAGCAGGUUUUCCGUGUGAAGAAUAUAUCAAGCUGAAUGGCAUUGAGGCAAACAGUAACAUUUGUAAAUAAAAUGACUAAA